AUGCAGUGUUUUGGCAUCCAUGGUUGGGAGGACGACGAUGAGAGCCCGCGCCCCUGGCCAUUUUAUGGCAAUGGCUGUGGUUAUAUAGCAAGAGCUAAGCUGGCAGCGUGGCGGGAGGGCCACCACCAAAAUGGGGAGCUGGAAAACAGGCAACAGUACCGCUGGCUUGCAAACGCAGUCGCGCUGGAAGGACACCCUGGCCCACGUGGUGCUAUAGAUGAUACUAUACGCACUCACAAGAUGAUUUGUGAAGAGCUGCAAAACCUACAGAAUAAGCCGAUCAGUUCCGAAGAUCCAUAUACGUGGGUCGAGCAUGGUUUUGAGAUGGGGCCCAUAUACCGAUUCGUGAUUAUCGUUCUCGACAGACAGCUAGCGUUGGAACAUGGACGAGGCAAAGACGAAGCCGAAACAUGCGAUAUUCUUUUCGAACGAUGCAGUGUUCUGCUUGUCUGUACUGGGGAUGAAAACCACCUAAGUGCGCCUAUUGACUUAUCGACGCUGACCGCUGCGGGACUGGCCCUACCGCUUGCUCGGAGCGAGGCAGCGCUGAUCAAUCCAGUGGGUACGCAGCAGGUCGUUCGGGUACGGCUGCGCACGGCGCUGCGCUUUGUCAUGGAUCUUGAGAGGCGCGAGAUCAACGCCUCAUCGCGUCUCACAGCCCGGAGGAAUGUUCUCGACGCGGGCAUGUUGCGCGAGGCGGAGAGCUGGGCUGGAGACGCAAUUGCUCAUGCUGAAAGUCAUGGCAGCAUCAAUCACGAUCCUGACACAUGGGGAGCCGUCCGCCUGGCACAAGCGCACCUUUACGGAGAUCGUUGUGGGCUCGAGGAGGAACCGAUCGAAGACUCUCUCCCCCGAGUUCACCAUUGGUAA